AAUUAGGUUUCACAUGAGUUCUGUCUCUCUUUAUCUGUGGCCACACACACACAUAUUAGAGCGUCCCACCUACAAUUAGGCAUGAGGAAAAGAAACGAAAACGAAAGUGUUUGUCGAGUCUCUUUAACACAGAGCUCCUAGUCCUCCAUGCAAAUGGCAGAUGAGAAGAACACACACAUGUGCUCAAUUUGCCUCCAGGACCUGAAGGAAGACACCUGUCCUCAGUGCGGGACAGAUCCGGAUGAAUCCGUAGAUUCGGUUGCAGGGAAACUGGAAAAGAUGGGAUUUCAGACGUGCGACUCCUGCACUGGUAGGAAGGAGAAAGCCAUCAAGACUUGUCUGGUGUGUUUGGCGUCGUACUGUGAAACUCACCUUCAGAUGCACAAUGACUUGAGUGCUGGGAAUACACACUUACUGGUGGACGUCACUGGAAACCUCCUGGAAAAGAUGUGCGGUGAACAUCAGAAGCUCUUGGAGGUUUACUGUCGCACUGAUGGUCAAUGCAUCUGCUGUUUUUGCAUGCUGGAAAUGAAGCACAAAGGACAUGAUAUGGUGUGUGUGGCGACAGAGCGAGCUGACAAACAGAGGCAGCUGGAAAAGUCCAUGCAGAUCGUUACGGAUCGAGUGACUGAGCUGAAGGAAAUCCAGAAGUCGGCAGGUUCCCUCAGGACCCUGACUCAAGCCACAGAGGAAGAAGGUGACAGGAUCUUUACCGAGUUGCUUGGCUUUAUACGGAAAAGCCACACAGAGAUGAUUGUGCUGGUCCAAACUCAGAUGACCACGGAGUUGGACCGAAUUCAGGGACAUUCGGAAGGUCUGGAACAGGAGAUCUCAAAGCUGAGGAUGAAACAGUCCGAGCUGGAGCAGCUCUCUCAUACUGAUGAUCACAUUUACUUCCUCCAGGAGGUCGAAUCUCGCUGGCCGACUUCGCAGUGUCCCGACUUUCCCAGCCUAACCACUAAUCCACAGUUCUCCUUUGGAGAAGUGAUCAAGUCCCUCUCCUCAUUAAAAGCUCAAAUAGAGGACAUUUGGAGACUGGAAAUGACCAGGAUAUUCUCAGCAGUGACUGCAGAGAAGAUCCUACUGCCACAAGAACCCAAAACGAGGGAGGACUUUCUAAAGUUUCUGGUCUCCUUGAGUCUGGACCCAAACACGGCCCAUAGGAACCUCCGGUUAUCGGAGCAGAACCAGGGUGUGGAUUGCAGCAUUGAGCCCCAGUCAUACCCUGAGCACCAGGACAGGUUCGAGUGGUGGGCCCAAGUACUGAGCAAGAAAGGGCUGACGGGCCGAUGCUACUGGGAGGUGGUGUGGACCGGGCAAUAUGGCGUGGACAUCGCAGUGUCUUACAAAGACAUCAGCAGAACUGGGCAAGACGACGACAGCGGGUUUGGGUACAACAGACAAUCCUGGAGUUUGGACUGUACAAUAUUCAGAUAUGCACUAGUGCACAAUAACGAGGAGGUGGAGGUGGACGCACCCCUGUCCCACCGGAUCGGGGUGUACCUGGAUCACCGGGCAGGACUGCUGUCCUUCUACAGCGUCUCAGACACCAUGAUCCUCCUACACCGGGUCCAAACCAGGUUCACUCAACCCCUCUAUCCAGGAUUUGGGCUCUUUCAGGGAUCAAGCGCAACAUUUUGUGGACUGUAAGCCGGCGGCUCACUGCAAGUAGUUGACCACAACACAA